AUGGAGCCCUCAUCUUCCGGAUUCAACUACGCCGAUUAUCCCGUCAUUGUCGGCAUCGACUUUGGUACCACGUUCUCGGGCUGUUGUUACGCAUUCGCUCAAAAUGAAGAAGUGAUCGACAUUGUCAAGUGGCCCAAGCAAAACAACCACGUGUAUCCCAAGACGCCUACAUUGUCAUUAUAUCGGAAGGGAUCAACACAGUUGGUGGAUUGGGGUCAUGGUGCACGACGACAAGCGAUGAAGCCCAACAGUGUCGACUUUUUGUUGUUAUCCAAGUUUAAGCUAUACCUCGAUGAACAUUUGCAACAAGAGGCCCUUCCCAACAACUUGAAUGUGAUUGAUGUCAUUGCUGAUUAUAUGGGCGCAUUCCACCAGCACGUGUGCAACGAGUUACUCAAAGGUUUUGCCGGCAAUUAUGAUCAAAGCAAAUUCCGUUAUUGUCUUACAGUCCCAGCCAUGUGGAGUGAUCGUGCCAAGGCUGCUAUGCGUGAGGCUGCUAUCCGUGCUGGUCUUGUACAACGAGGUGACCAUCCCGAACGUCUCAUGCUGAUCUCUGAGCCCGAAGCCGCAGCAUUGUAUUGUGAAAAGAAAUCUGAACAAUUCAACUUGGUUCAUGGCCAACGCUUCAUGAUUUGUGAUGCUGGUGGUGGUACCGUUGAUUUGAUUGUCUUUGAAAUUGAUCAGCAACCUGGUGGAAGACGUACAUUGAAGGAAGUGACAAAUGGUCAUGGUGGCUCUUGUGGUUCUGGAUUCCUGGAUCUGCGUAUGCGUGAAUACAUCAAGAACAAAUUUUAUCAUUUUGGCAGCAUCAAUGACUCGGCAAUGGAACACAUUAUGGAUGCAUUUGUGAAUGUUAUCAAGCCUGAGUUUGAUGGUUACGAAGAUCACUUUUUGGAGUUGCCAGCUUCCAUGGGAUUGGGUGAUUUGACAGAUGAAAGCAUUGGUCUUGAGAACGGUUCAUUGUGUCUUCCUGCCAACGAGUUGCGAGAUCAAGUGUUUGAGCCUGUUAUUGACCAAGUAUUGCAAUUGAUCGAAGGCCAGCUUGUUCAAUCUCCAAACUUGGAAGCCAUCUUCUUGGUGGGUGGUUUUGGUCAAUCAAACUAUCUUUUCCGCCGUGUUGAAGAAGCCUUUGCCAACCGAGUUGGUAUGAUUGGUGUCCCUCCUCGUGGUGAAUUGGCUGUUGUUCGUGGUGCUGUUUACUUUGGUCUCAAUCCACAAAUCGUCACUGAGCGUGUUUCUCGAAGAACUUAUGGUGUUGAGACUCGCAUGUUGUUCAACAAGGAACUUGAUCCUCCAGAAUACUCGGUGGUCGGUGUUGAUGGGAAAACUUAUUGUCGUCAGCGCUUCAGUGUUUACGUGCAAAAGGGACAAACAAUCAAAGUGGAUGAGUGCGUUUCCAAGAACUUUGUUAUUAGUUAUCCGAACGACACAGAUUCUGAUUUAUUCGCAUUUGAUGGUGAAGGACCUCCUCCACGUCUUACAACACAUGCACUUGUACAAAAGGUGGGCCACUUCCCUAUUCGUAUGCCAACCCUUGAAGGUGUGCGAAAUGGUGAAAAGGUCAACAUGACGAUUCGCAUGUAUUUUGGUUUGACGGAAAUCAAGAUUGAAUGUAUCAUUCGUGAUAAGACUUUUGUGUUUACCUCUGCAUUCGAUGCUUCUGAUUCGUAUGGUGCAACACCCCAACCACAACCAGUGGAUUAUCCACCAUCCCAAAUGAUGCCACCUCCCACUGCUGGUCUUGUUCCUCCCAACCCUUAUGCUUUGACUGAUCCAGCUGGUAGCCAAGUAUCACUUCAUGCUGGUGCUGGUAUGCAACAACCAUCAUACACAUACAACAAUGGAUCUAUGAUGACGACCCCAUCGAUGAUGAAUGCACAACCAGCAUACUCGAACCCUGCUGCUGCUGCUGCUGCUGGCGGAUACCCUCCUUCGAUGUAUGGUGGUCAUCCUGGUGCUGGAUAUCCACCUACACCACAAGGCGACUUUUAUCAACAACAGCAACCAUACACACAAGGCUAUCCUCCAUCACAAUCCUAUUAUUCGGGUUAUCCACCCACGUCACAAGGUUACCCCCCUCAAUCGGGCUCUUCGUACUAUGGACAUUAA